AAAACUCAGCUUGGAUGUAGAGAUGGUGUCUGGUCGCAUCCUACCGUUUCUGGCACCCAUGUGCACCGACCGAGGUCUCAACGCGGCGCAGUUUAAAACGUUUAUGAGUGCUCUCAAGUCCAUGAUCAUCUACAUCGAACGGGAGAGAGGUGCCAAACUAAACGACCACGACAAGGUACGCGUCUUGGAUUGA